UGAGAUACAUCUAUAUGUAGUUGGCUGUUCAAUUAUUCGAACGUCAUGCGCGUGGUCAACCGAGUCCAUCCUAAUGCUUAGCAAUCGGCUGUUCGCUAUCGGCAUUCGGCGAGCAAAGAUUGUCAACGGUCUUGGUAAUCAUUGGAGUUCACGUCACGCCAGUGACAGCAGCUGUCGCACGUCGCACAUAUCGAUAAAGUGCACGAUGUUGAAUUUAUUCGGACCACUUCUCGACAUUCCGACGACCUACUACGGGGCGCUGCUGGGCGUUGGAUUCUGCGCUUAUUAUCUUUUUGAAGUUGUUAAAACGCCUAUGCUGGUAUGUGCGAAUGGACCAUUCCGAUCAUUUCUAGAAGAGCACGUAUCUCUAGUGAGGAACAAGUUUUGGCCAACCCUAUGGUGUUUCGAAUCCAGGGCACAAACCAUUAUAGCAAGCCUUCUUAGAUCGCGAAUCUUGCCACCUAUUCACUAUAAAAGAGAGAUUCUGACCUUGUCGGAUGGGGGUGAAGUGGCUCUGGAUUGGGCGGAACAGGGAUGUUCCGUUACUUCGCCCAUCGUGAUUAUUCUGCCAGGACUCACCGGCGCAAGUCAAGCAGAAUAUAUCAAGUGCCUUGUCUCGUCCGCAAAAAAAGUUGGGAUACGAUGCGUAAUCUUCAACAACAGGGGAUUAGGAGGCGUAGAAUUAAAGACUCCACGAAUGUAUUGCGCUGCAAAUAGUGACGAUUUAUCAGAGGUUAUCGAAUACGUGAAGAAGAUUCACCCUCAUGUGCCCCUGGGAGCGACAGGAAUCUCGAUGGGAGGAUUAAUUUUAGGUAAUUAUUUAGCACGACAAGGAGUAAUGGCAAAAGGAAAACUAAAAGGGGGAUUCUUGAUAUCCGUGCCAUGGAACGUAUUCGCUGCAACGAAAAGUACGGAAGAGAAUUAUUUUAAUUUGAUGUUAAAUAAGUAUUUGGCCAGCACACUUCGUAAGAAUUUACGGCGUUUACACUAUUCUUCGGAAACCGGAAUGUUCGACGUUGACAUUGACACUAUUCUUAAAAGUCAAACAUUGAGAGAGUUUGAUUCACAUUUUACGGUGAAACAAUUCGGUUACAAAAAUGUAGAGGAAUACUAUUCCAAUGCAACCAUACAUGACAAAUUACAUUUGAUUGACGUGCCGUUAUUGUGUCUCAGCGCUGCAGACGACCCAUUUCAACCAUUUCAAGCCAUACCAGUAAAAGAAAUAUCAGAAACUAAAAAUGUAGCUGUUGUUGUAACAUCCCGCGGCGGUCACAUUGGUUUCAUGGAGGGUAUGUGGCCAGUAAAAGAAGAACAAUACAUGGGUAAACUGUUUUCACAAUUCUUCACCGCUCUGUUCACUACUGGUUUCGAUUGUCAAAUGUGAUAUGGAAAUUAAAUGAACUUACAAAUUAUAUAUCAA